UGAUCACUGAGUAAUACCGAUGGAGGGAGAGAACUGUAUGGAAACAAUACAGUUUUCUCCCCUGUCAGCUCCAGCACACUGCUUUGUAUGGCUCUGCAUAGUAGAGCCAUACAAAGUGGUGUGCUUACAGUGGAAAGCACAGACGCAUUCCCAUAUUUAACUCUUUGAUCGCCCCAGAUGUUAACCCCUUCCUGCCCAGUGCCAUUAGUACAGUGUCAGUGCUUUUUAUUAACACUGACCACUGUAUUGGUAUCACUGGGGAUGUCAGUGACACCAAGUCAGUUCCCCCCAGUGUCAGAAUGCCCACCGCAGUCCAGCAGUUCAUAAGUCAUUGA